GUGAAUGCAGGUCCUCCGGGGAGAGCGGAUAUAGUGAAUGCGGGGUCCGGGGAGAGGCUUGAUAUAGUGAAUGCGGGGUCCGGGGAGAGCGGAUAUAGUGAAUGCAGGGUCCGGCAGGAGAGCGGAUAUAGUGAAUGCGGGGUCCGGGGAGACCGGAUAUAGUGAAAGCGGGGUCCGGGGAGAGCGGAUAUAGUGAAUGCAGGGGUCCGGGGAGACCGGAUAUAGUGAAUGCGGGGUCCGGGGAGACCGGAUAUAGUGAAUGCGGGGUCCGGGGAGACCAGGAUAUAGUGAAUGCAGGGUCCGGGGAGAGCGGAAUAUAGUGAAUGCAGGGUCCGGGGAGACAGAUAUAGUGAAUGUAGGGUC